AUGCUGGAUAUUAAGGCUUGGGCUGAGUACAUCGUGGAGUGGGCUGCAAAGGACCCAUAUGGCUUUCUCACGACUUACCCUUAA